AUGUGCAUCGAGACAAACGUUCAGGAGGCUCCUCAAAUGUCAUCCCCAUCAAGCGUUCCUCAGAUGACCUUUGAGUCGACUCAAAAGCCAGUCUGCAUCGACAUGUGCAUUGAGACAGGUGCUCUUGAGAGUCAUCCGAAGAAAAACAUAGCUCCCUGCGGCAGCAAUAUGCGUAUGGAAGAGGGUCAAGUUCGAGCUUCCUGCGGCAGGGAUAUGUGUAUGGAAGGGGGCCGGGUUCAAGCUUGGGACGACAGGAAGAACGAGGAGAGAGAGGGAGACGCGGCGAUGAGGGGAGAGGUGGAGAGAGAAGAGGAGAUGAGAGGAGGCAGGGAGAUGAAAGGGGCGGGAGGUGAGGGAGUAGAGCCGGAUGUGGUAGGAGACGGAGGGAAGGGGAGCAGAGGAGGCAUGGAUGGGCGUGGGAAUGAGGAUGGGCGGGUUCAGGCUGGGGAGAUGAGGGGAGAGGGGGGAGCAGCAGAAGCAGAUGAGAGUAGGGAAGGAUGGAGGAGAGAGGGUGGACCGGAAAGGGGUGGAUCCGAAUGGGGCGGAUGUGGGGGGGUGGAGGAAGAGGGGGAUACAGGAGGCGCAGCUUCUGCGCUGAUUGCUCUGGCUGCUGCUGCUGAGAUCAGCCGUCACUCCCCCUCCACCACCCUCUCACAACCUGUUUUUGAGGCGCCUCAAAAAGUCUCUGCUGUUGCUGAGAUCAGCCGUCACUCCCCCUCCACCACCCUGCCUGCCGCAUCAGCCCCGUCAGCCCCGUCAGCACCAUUAGGGGUAUCAGCAGCAUCAGCAGCAGUUGGGAAACCAGCGGGAAAGGCUGUACCUGGGGAUGCUGUACCUGGGGAGGCUGUACCUGGGGAGGCUGUACCUGGGGAGGCCGUACCUGGGGAGGCUGUUCUUGGGGAUGCUGUACCUGCGCAGGCUGUACAUGGGGAGGCUGUGGCUGGGGAGGCUGUAAUUGAGGAGGCUGUGACUGGGGAGGCGGAAGCUAAAAGAGGAGGAGAGAGGGGAGAAAACGGAGAGGGGGGGUUAGGAGGUGAAGGGGGAGCAGAAGGGCGGGGACUGGGAGAAGGUGGAGGAUUAGAGAGGGGAGCAAGAGAGGUUGGAGCAAUAGAGAGGGGAGCAAGAGGAGGGGGUGGAGCAGGAGGGUUAUCGGGAACAGGAGGCGGAUGCAGAGCGAGGAGUGACGGAUGGGGAAGAGAAGGAGCGUGGAGGCCGCAAGGGCAUGCGUUGCAAGGCUGGGGAGGGGCAGCAGGGCAGCCCGUGCAAGGCUGGGGGGGACUGGCCUUAGCCCCCCACAGCAGCACCCGUACACCCACAUCCGUCUCAGAGCCUCACAGCAACUCUCUGAGUGUGGCUCCUUCCUUUGAGGAGGGAGUGCCUUGUUUAAGAGAGAGUACGCCUUUUCCUGGAGGGAGUAUGGGCUGCUAUGGUCGCAUCCCUAUGGCUACUCCUCCUGCUGCUGGCUUCCUGUAUAAUGGGGCUCUGAGGGUGCCACGUGGCAUGCCACAAUGGAUGCCACGUGGAUCUCUGGCGCCCCUGGCGUCAGCUCCUGUGCUGCCACCUGGCACGCUGCCAGCGGUGCGUGUUGUGCCACCUGGCAUGCUGCCAGGUGGCAAAGACUGGGGGGAGCUGUGA